CAACCUCACAAUAAUUUCUCCCUUUAGGAAUAGAUGCAACAUGGGAGGGUUAGUGAUAUUGAUAUGCAUGGUUGUUUCAUGGAUAUUCAUACAUAGAUGGAGUCAAAGGAACAAAAAAGGUCCCAAAACAUGGCCCUUUCUUGGAGCUGCCAUUGAACAAUUGAUGAACUAUGAUAGAAUGCAUGAUUGGCUUGUUCAAUAUUUUUCCAUGUCCAAAACUGUUGUGGUCCCUAUGCCAUUCACAACUUAUACUUACAUUGCUGAUCCUAUUAAUGUGGAACAUGUACUUAAGACCAACUUCAAUAAUUAUCCAAAGGGUGAAGUGUAUCAUUCAUAUAUGGAAGUUUUACUUGGACAUGGAAUAUUUAAUGUUGAUGGAGAGCUUUGGAAGAAACAAAGGAAAACAGCUAGCUUAGAAUUUGCAUCAAGAAAUUUGAGAGAUUUCAGCACAAAAGUUUUCAAAGAGUAUGCUUUAAAACUCUCAUCCAUUCUCAAUCAAGCAUCUUAUCUCAACCAACAAAUAGACAUGCAGGAGUUAUUGAUGAGAAUGACUUUAGACUCUAUAUGCAAAGUUGGUUUUGGAGUGGAAAUUGGAACUUUAAAUCCUAACUCACCAAACAAUUCUUUUGCUAAAGCUUUUGAUACUGCUAAUAUUAUUGUAACACUUCGUUUCAUUGAUCCUUUAUGGAAAAUUAAGAAAAUUUUAAAUCUUGGCUCAGAAGCACAACUUGACAAGAGCAUCAAAAUCAUUGAUGAUUUUACUUACUCAGUUAUUAGAACAAGAAAGGCAGAGAUUGAGGAUGCUAAAAAGAAUGGCCAACAAAAUCAGAUAAAAAAUGAUAUAUUAUCAAGAUUCAUAGAAUUGGGAGAAGACAAUGCAAGUGACAAAAGUUUAAGAGAUGUUGUUUUGAACUUUGUGAUUGCUGGAAGAGACACAACUGCAACAACUCUAUCAUGGGCUAUAUAUAUGGUGAUGACACAUUCUAAUGUUGCUGAAAAACUUUACUUAGAGCUCAAAACUUUUGAGGAAAAUCAAGCAAAAGAAGAAAAUGUUACAUUGCCUCAAUGUGAUGACAAUGAUGACCUUGAAUUGUUCAAUCAAAGAGUAGUACAAUUUUCAAAGCUAUUGAAUAAAGAUUCAUUAGAGAGACUUCAUUAUUUGCAUGCAGUCAUAACUGAGACCUUAAGAUUGUAUCCAGCAGUUCCUCAGGAUCCUAAGGGUGUGAUGGAAGAUGAUGUGUUACCGGAUGGUACAAAAAUUAAAGCAGGGGGUAUGGUAACUUAUGUUCCAUAUUCAAUGGGAAGGAUGGAGUAUAAUUGGGGGCCCAAUGCUGCUUCAUUUAUACCUGAAAGAUGGUUCAAAGAUGGUGUCCUUAAAAAUGAAUCUCCAUUCAAAUUCACAGCUUUUCAGGCAGGGCCAAGGAUAUGUCUUGGUAAGGAUUCUGCAUAUCUUCAAAUGAGAAUGGUGUUAGCAAUUUUGUGCAGAUUUUACAAAUUCAAUUUGGUGCCUGGUCAUCCAGUGAAGUACAGAAUGAUGACUAUUUUAUCAAUGGCACAUGGCUUGAAGCUUACCAUAGAGAAACGUUCUUGAUAUGUUCCAUAACCUAUGAGAUCAAAUAUUGAUGGGAAAAUAAAUUAUGAUUUGUAAGAUUUUAAAAUUAUUAUUACCAAGUUAGAAAAGUCAAACUCAAAAUUCAAGUCUAUACAACAAAUUUAAAUUGUUUGAUCUCGAUUCAACAAAUACAUUUGAGCUAAAUUUGUAAAUGCAUCAUUUUUAUUUUUAUGACAUAUGGAUCUGAAUU